AGUGCCCAGCUCAUUUCUCCACAAAUUCCCCCGUCUCCCUUUUUCUUUCUCUCAUGGCGGAAGAAUCACAGCCUAAAUGGGAGGGCAAGACCACGGCGGAGCUAAGUGGCCCGACGGCGGAACAAAUAUGGCCCUUCUGGGAGGAUUUCUGCAACCUCCACUUGUGGCAUCCCGAUAUCGAUACUUGUUCCCAAGUUGAAGGAACCCCAGGACAGCCCGGCCUAAUCCGCUACUGCGCCACCAAGAAAACAUCAUCCUCUGGCGGAGACGAUGGAAUCAGCUGGUGCAAAGAGAAGAUAUUGAUGAUUGACCCGGUCAACCGUUGCCUGAGCUACGAGUUGCUGGAGAACAGCAUAGGGUUCAAGUUGUAUGUAGCUACGAUUAAGGUGUUGUCUGUGGACGGUGACGGCGGUCGUGGGUGCAAGAUCGAGUGGUCGUUCGUUGCUGAUCCGGUAGAGGGGUGGAAGUUUGAGGACUUGGUUGCUUAUAUUGAAACUUGUCUCUUAUCCAUGGCAAAGAAGAUGGAGCAGAGUGUUGGGGCUCACAAUGGUUAUUGAUGUAUUAGAAUAAUGCCACGAGUAAUUCGUUUUUUUAUCUAACAUGGUGUAAAAGCACUGGCCUUGAGGUUUAGUGGUAUAGCCACGGUGCAUUCCCGUUCUCCGACAGGGUUCAAAACCUGUACUUGCAAAAUACGUUUAAAAAAAUCUAACAUGGUGU